AUGGAGUAUCUUUUCGUCGGUCUCUUGUCCCUCCUGCCAGUCAUUCUGGGGCAAUAUGCUCCACCCAUCAAUAAUGACACUCGAAUAACGCUCCCGUCUCCUGUCAACCCCGAUGUCACAAUCAGCUAUCAAAGUGUUGCGGUUGGUACUUGUACAACGGUCUUCGCGACUCAAAAACAGUUUACGGGUUACAUUACUCUGCCACCGAAUGUCUUAGAUCCUAGUCAGGGGAAUUACACCAUCAAUACGUUCUUCUGGUUCAUCGAGGCGAGGCAACUGCCCGAAUCGGCUCCCCUCACCGUCUUCAUCAAUGGAGGUCCGGGUUCGAGCAGCAUGGUCGGCCUGUUCCAGGAGGUCGGCCCUUGUCAAGUGAUUGAGAUCGCUGAUGAUUCUCUGGGGACGAUUCCUCGAGACUGGGGUUGGGAUCGUAGCAGCAACAUCGUCUUCAUCGAUCAACCAGUUCAGGUGGGAUUCUCCUACGACACUCCAACCAAUGCGUCUCUCAAUCUGUUGGACGAGUCGAUUGUUAUGCCACCAACAGGUGUACCUAUCACACAGCCUGCGUAUAGCUUCCUGAAUGGGACAUUCGCCUCAGAAAAUCCCUUGUUCACCGCAAACACCUCACAAAUCGCGGCCCAGUCAAUAUGGCAUUUCCUGCAGACAUUCUUGGCCUCUUUUCCGCAAUACAAUACUGCCCUCCGCGCACAAGAUAUUCACCCGACGGCAGAGAUUCAUCUCUUCACCGAAAGCUUUGGUGGCAGGUAUGGGCCUGCGAUAGGAACCUUCUUCCAGACACAGAAUGAUCGCCGAUCUACGGAUAUCGUGUUCGCCAACAGUACCAUUGAAGUGAGCCUGGUAUCCCUCGGGAUCAUCAACGGCUGGAUCGAUCUCCUCACACAGACCCCAUACCAUCCGAGAUUUGCCUAUGAAAAUACGUAUGGGAUUGAGGCAAUCUCACAGCUCCAACAGUUGAACGCUCUGAGCGCCUACAGUAGUGCCGAUGGCUGCCAACAACUGACUGCGACCUGUCGGGCACAAGAGGCCGCUCUUGACCCCUUAGGAUACGGCAAUGUUCAACUUGUCAACGACGCAUGUUCGCAAGCGCAACUCGAAUGUGAAACGAAUGUUGUGGGACCGUACACUCAGUCAGGACGAUCGAUCUAUGAUAUCUCUCAGGACCUACUGGACCCGUUCCCCAACGCACUGUACCUCGAUUACCUGAAUCAGCUUCCAGUACAGCAAGCAAUUGGUGUCCCCGUAAACUAUACCCAAGAUUCUACGGCGGUGUUUAAGGCAUUCAAUACCACCGGAGACUAUGCCCGCGACGGUAUGAUUCAGGACCUAGCAGAGCUGUUGGACUCUGGCGUUAGAGUCGCUUUGAUCUACGGAGACAGAGACUAUAUCUGCAACUGGCUAGGAGGUGAGGCUGUUUCCUUCGCAAUAGCAGGUCUUGCCGGUCCCUCAUAUCUACCCUGGUCUUCGUCCGGGUAUGCCCCGAUCGUGGCCAACAGGUCGUACGUUGGCGGAGUCGUUCGGCAGUAUGGCAACCUCAGCUUCAGUCGGAUCUAUGAUGCCGGCCACUUGGUUCCUGCCUACCAACCGGAGACCAUGUUUACAGUGUUUUCACGCAUCAUCCAAGGCACUGACAUCAGCAUGGGUAACCCAGUCGACCUAUCGACGUACGCAUCCUCUGGGGAUGCCAAUUCGACCCAUCAAAACUCGGCCCCUCCAGCUGCUGCUCCCACAUGUUUUCUGCGUGCCAUCGAUGCUACAUGCAACACAGACCAGAAAAACAUGCUGGCUAACAACGCGGGAGUUCUUGUCAAUGGAGUCCUCUACGAUGAGCAGUCGGACUGGCAAUCGCCUGACCCCAGUCUCGUGACAAUUGCAGGCGUACCAGGGACUGCACCUGUCAGCAUGGUCACCAGCGCACCCGAGAGCUCAACAAGUUCCCGCAGGUCUUCGUCGACGAGCAACAAGCAGAGCGGCAAGGUUAGCAAGACUGGCAGCUCCAGCAGUAGGAAAACCGCAACCAUGGAACCAACAACCUCAUCCGGUCUUCCUACAGGUGUCUACACGGCCACGGGUGUCCCGCCGACAUCGAGUAGCAAUGGGACCGAUGGGGGCGCAAGCAAUGCGGCAUCCUCGACCACAAAAGCCAACAGUGUUUUCGUUUCGUUUCCCCUUUUCAGAGAUACCCGGCCUGCGGCUGCCACGGCGGCAUUUGUCUAUGUCUAUGUCUUGAGCGUCUUGAGUCAGCAAUUGAUGUAG